CGGCCUCCCCCGGGCGCGCCGAGGGAAAAUGGAGGCCGCGGCGGCGGCGGCGGCGGCAGCGGCGGCGGCGGGGGGCGGAGCAGACGAGUUGCGACCUCCGGGCGGGCGGAGCGGCGCCACUUCCGCUUCCGGUCGGCGGCGGGAUGGGGCCGGAGGUGGAGGUGGCGGCUGGCGGCUGGGGGAAGGGGGCCCGCUCCCGGUGUCGGCCCCGCUCCCGAUCGUGGCGCUGGUGCUGGCGCUGGGCGCGGCGGUUAACGGAGGAGGAGGAGGAGGAGGAGGAGGAGGCGGAGGCGGGCCGGGCCCCGUUACGUGCGGCUCGGUGGUGAAGCUGCUCAACGUGCGCCACAACGUGCGCCUGCACUCGCACGACGUCCGCUACGGCUCCGGCAGCGGGCAGCAGUCGGUGACCGGCGUGGCGGCGGCGGACGACGGCAACAGCUACUGGCGGGUGCGGGGCCGCACGGCGGCCGUGUGCGAGCGGGGCCGGCCGGUUCGGUGCGGGCAGGCCAUCCGCCUCACCCACCUGGGCACCGGCCGCAACCUCCACAGCCACCGCUUCGCCUCCCCCCUCUCCGGCAACCAGGAGGUGAGCGCCUUCGGGGAGGACGGCGAGGGCGACUACCUGGACGACUGGACGGUGGUGUGCAGCGGGACCUACUGGGCGCGGGACAGCGAGGUGCGCUUCCAGCACGCCUCCACCGACGUCUUCCUGUCGGUGACGGGCGAGCAGUACGGGCGGCCCAUCAACGGGCAGAAGGAGGUGCACGGCAUGGCCGCCUCCAGCCAGCACAACUACUGGAAGGUCACGGAGGGCGUCUUCGUGCAGCCCGCCGAGGUUUUCAAAGCGGAGCAGUACCACGCCGAGCUGUGACGGACGCAGAACUGACGCGUUUGGCCCAGGGGACGGCCCCCGGUCCCCGCCCGGGUCUGGCACGCGCCAAAAGGUGGAGCCCGACGGCCCAAAUGCAACGCGGAGUUAAUAAUUCCAUUAUUCUGAAUUUAACACAGAGUUAAUAAGUCCGUUACCCUGAGUUUAACACAAA